AUGUAUCUCUCAAGCAAAACAAACUGUUUUCGGAUAUAUCUUGUGGCCGUGCUGCUGAAUGGUUGCUGGGAAGCGGCUUCUGGACAGCUCUCGUAUUCCGUACCAGAGGAGGUAAACCCGGGCACCUCUGUUGGCAAUAUCGCCAAGGAUCUAAAUCUCAAUGUGCAGGAUUUAGAGUCUCGUAUGUUUCAGAUUGUCGCGGGUUCAAAGAGAAAAUAUUUUGAUGUAAAUCUGAAAACUGGUGUUCUUUAUGUCAAUGAAAGAAUCGACCGAGAAGAGCUUUGUGCGAAGGCGACAACAUGUACAGUCAAUGUCGAGGCCGUGAUUAAUGACCCGCUGAAGCUGUACCGGUUAGAGAUCACUAUAACUGAUAUGAACGACAACGCGCCCGUUUUCUCUGAACAAUUGCAGUCAAUUAACAUAGCGGAGAAUACGUUACCGGGAGUGAAAUUUGGAUUAAUAGAAGCAUCGGACUUGGAUGUUGGAAAGAACGGCGUUAAUACAUACAAGCUUAGUAGUAAUGAUUAUUUUUCUUUAGACGUUCACAAAGGGGGAGACGGCGUGUCGGCCGAGUUAGUUCUGAAGAAAUCCUUAGACCGAGAGCACGGCUCAGUGAUACAACUCACUCUAACUGCGCUGGACGGAGGGAAUCCAAGCCGAUCGGGAACCUCACAAAUCAUUAUCACUGUGUUGGAUAUUAACGACAACCAUCCAGUUUUCAGUAAAUCUUUAUUCAAAGUUAAAAUAUUUGAAAACUUGCCAAUAGGGUCUCCUGUGGUCGUUCUUAAUGCAACAGACGCAGAUGAGGGAUUAAAUGCAGACAUAGAAUAUUCUUUAAGAAGUAAAGGACAGGAUCGCAUUUUACAUUUAUUUGAAAUAGACUCGAACACGGGUGCGAUUUUAAUCAAAGGUAAGAUCGACUAUGAAGAACACCCCGCGUUUGAGAUUCAUGCGCAGGCCAGUGACAAAGGCCAACCUCCGAUGUCUGCUCACUGUAAGGUGCUGGUAGAGGUGGUGGACCUAAACGACAACGCUCCUGAGAUCACUGUGACGUCACUACGAAACACAGUGAGGGAGAACGCAGAAGUAGGUACCGCUAUAGCGCUUGUCUCUGUGUUGGACAAAGAUGGAGGGGAAAACGGGGCUGUAAAAGCUGUCAUACAAAACGAAAGCCCCUUUAAAUUGGACACAAAUUAUAAAAAUUAUUAUUCGUUAGUAGUUGAUGGUCCACUUGACAGAGAAAUCAUGGCCGAGUACAAUGUCGUCAUCGUAGCAAAUGAUGAAGGGACUCCACCUCUCUCCAGCACCAGCAUAGUGACAGUUCAGGUCUCUGACGUCAAUGACAACCCUCCUCGCUUCUCAGAGUCAGUGCUUAAUAUAUAUGUUAAAGAGAACAGUCCAGUAGGAGCAGUUAUUAAAACUGUGACUGCAAUUGACGCCGAUAUCAGUCAAAAUGGUCAGGUGAGCUAUUCGUUCUUAAAAAGUAAUAAUAACGUGUUGUCUCUCUCAACAAUGGUGAAUAUAAACUCAGAGACAGGAGACAUCGUCAGUCUGCAGUCGUUUAACUACGAGGAGCUAAACGCCUUUCAGUUUAAAGUCAAGGCCACAGACUCUGGUGUUCCUCCGCUCAGCAGCAACGUGACUGUGAACGUUUUAGUCCUGGAUGAGAACGACAACAGUCCCACGAUCCUCGCGCCCUAUUCUGAGCACGGCUCCGUUAACAGUGAGAGCAUCCCCUAUUCUGCUGAAGCGGGAUACUUUGUGGCAAAGAUCAGGGCUGUAGACGCAGACUCUGGAUACAACGCGCUGCUUUCUUUCCACCUGUCUGAGCCCAAAGGAAACAACCUCUUCCGGAUCGGAACCAGCACUGGAGAGAUCAGGACUAAGAGGAGAAUGAGUGACAACGACCUGAAAGCUCACCCCUUGGUGGUGAUGGUUUCUGAUAACGGAGAACCCUCCCUGUCCGCUACUGUGACUAUUGACGUGGUGGUGGUUGAAAGCACAGCUGACAUCCAGACUCAGUUCAGACAUGUGCCCAUAAAAGAGGACAGCUUCUCUGACUUGAACCUGUACCUGCUGAUCGGCAUCGUGUCGGUGUCGGUGAUCUUUCUGCUGAGCCUCAUCACUUUAAUAGCUGUCAAAUGCCACAGGACCGACGGCAGCUUCAGCAGGUACAGCGCCCCCAUGAUCACCACCCACCCUGACGGGAGCUGGUCUUACUCCAAGUCGACUCAGCAGUAUGACGUGUGCUUCAGCUCAGACACGCUGAAGAGUGACGUAGUCGUUUUCCCACCACAGUUUCCUCCUGCCGAUGGUGAACUGAUCAGUAUAAACGGAGGAGAUACUUAUACAACACAGACUUUACCCAACAAAGACAAGGUAAGAACCUCUUGA